AUGUUGUUGUCAAAGAGACCGGCCUUGGCUCGGUUGAUGACUGUUGUCCAGUCAUCAUGCCAGAGCCGAGUCUGUACAUUCAGCAGCACGUCUUCCUCCUACGAUGCCUCUUCAUCCCCAAAUGCCUCUUCAGUUGCCUCUUCUUUCCUCUCCCGCUUUCAGUCGCAGGGUCCGCAGACCCGCACGCAAGUUCUCGACGCCAAUCAGCUACAGCUGCUUUCCCUCACGCUGGACCGGCCCACCCUCUAUCCUGGCACUUCUGAUCUCUCCCGCAAUGCCCCUCCUCCUCCCAACGGCACUCCCGUUCCGCCGGGAUAUCACCUCGUCUACUUUACGCCCGCUUUCCUCGAGCACGAGCUCGGUGCUGACGGGACGGAUACCUCGUACAACCCCGACGCUCCGUUCACGCGGCGGAUGUGGGCUGGCGGCGAGGUGCGAUGGCCCAGAGACGCAAACGGUAAACCGAACCUGUUGCGCGUGGGACAGGAAGUCAAGGAAACCACGAGGGUUCUGAGCGCAGAGCCCAAAGUGGUGAGGAAGACGGGAGAAGAGAUGAUCGUUGUCGGAGUCGAGAAGACGUUUGAGAACGAGGAUGGCGUUGCGGUUGUCGAUCAACGGAACUGGGUCUUCCGAAAAGCUCUCACAUCUCCUCCUCCGGCCCCGAACCAACAACAGACGACUUCCGCUCCAUCUCCAGCGUCAUCAUCAUCAUCAUCUGACCCAUCAUCCGCGGGGAAGAAGAAGAUCCACAAACGCAGCUUCUGCCGCAGUCCAGUGACGCUAUUCCGCUUCUCGGCACUGACCUUCAACCCACACAAGAUCCACUAUUCCGUGCCCUGGGCCCGCGACGUAGAAGGACACAAGAACAUCGUCGUCCACGGACCAUUGAAUCUGAUUUCGAUCCUCGAUCUCUGGCGGGAUGUGCGGCAGGAAGAACGCAGCAAGUCUGAUGAUGAUGAGAGUUCGUUGAUAUCAGUGCCGCAGAGUAUCUCGUACCGCGCCACGAGUCCGCUGUAUGCGGACGAGGAGUAUGAAAUCGUGCUGGAGGACUUGGGGCACGAGAGCAAAGUUAACAUUUACGACCAUGACGGUGUCAUCGCCAUGAAGGCGGAUAUUAAGGAGUCGUGA